AUGUCUCAGCAAUCGAAUGAUGAAUCUCCCAUUUUAGACUCAGCAACACUGGAAGAGUCCUCUAACCCUAAUAGGGUUCUUAAUGUUGUCCCUUUAAGGACGAUUAGCAGUGACGAUGUAAAGGCCACAAAGCCUAAAACGACUCAUGCAAAACGACCCAAGGAGGAUACUCACAACAAGGGGACAAAAUCCUCAUCAUCUGCUACCAUGGAGAAACUUACUAAAGAAGGAUCCAAUGACCUAGAAAUCAACAAGGAUGAGCAAGGGGUUACUAAGAAUACCAAUGUCACUAAGGAUGUCAAUGACAUUGACAAUAAUGAGCACCCUAAGGCCAAUAGUAAAACUGAUACUAAUGUGGUAGACUUAGAUGAGUACUCUGAAGACGAAUUACUUACUUCCUUGAAUCCGAGUGUAGCCAACAGGCUAAUGACAAGAAGAAAAGGCAAAGUUGUUAUUCAAGGAUCACAAAAAAGGAGCACUCACAUGAACAACCCUGCCAAAGAUACUAUCAGGAAGAAGAGUACUUCUGCAGGUCCUGUCAAGAGCAAAGCCGUUACCAAGAGUAAAGGGGUUGGUCCUUCAAAAUCUUGGAGCAGGGUCAUUCCAAAGAAAAGAAAAGAGCGGGAAAUAGCUGAACCUGAAUCUGAUGUUGAAGCAAAUGUCCCUGACAUUUCAUCAAGGAAGAAGCAUACAACCAGUAAGCUUGCUGCUAACAUCCCUGAAGUUCCCAUUGAUAAUGUAUCUUUCCAUUAUGCCUCUAGUGUCAGGAGAUGGAAAUAUGUUCUCCAAAAGAGAUUGGCUGUUGAAAGGGAAUUGACUCCAAAUGCUCUUGAAAACAAGGAGGUCCUAGAGUUGAUUCAAGAAGCUGGACUGCUAAAAACUGUGUGCAAUCUUCCCAAAUGCUAUGAGAAGCUGGUCAAAGAAUUUGUGGUAAACCUAUCUGAAGAGUGUGACAAUAGCUGA